CCCCAUCCAACCUUCUUUAGCCUUCAGUCCCGCAGCGGAAGCCUGUGCGCGCCUCGUCGUCGAUCACUAGACGGACUGACAACUUUGCUUUUUGGCAUCUCUCUUCCUUUCCCGCUGCUGAGGCUACGGUAGGAAUCGAGAAGGGGUCACAUUCUUCCUAAUUGCUUUGCUUAUUCUUUCGUCCUACCCUCCUACCUAUCGGCUCUAAAGCAAGACAACAUAUAUACAAAGCAAACAUGUCUGUGGACGAGAAGAAUCCAAAGGACUUUGUGAGCUCGGCCUCGUCCGACUCCCACGCUGAGACGGGCAACGUCGACGCCGCAUGGAAGUUCCUCAACGACCAUCGCGAUGCCGGCACCGACACGAGCGCCGUGGACAUGAACGCGCUCAGGCGCAAGAUCGACUGGCGCAUCGUCCCCCUCAUGUUUCUCUGCUACACCAUGCAGUUCCUGGACAAGGUCAUUCUCAACUACGCCGCCGUCAUGGGCUUGAACAAGGACCUGAAGCUCGUCGGCAACGAGUUCUCCAACAUUGCCACCUUCCUCUUUGUCGGUCUUCUCUGCUUUGAGAUUCCUAACAUCUACUUCCUCCAAAUGGUCCCCGCGGCCAAGUGGUUGGGCGCCAACGUCAUCCUCUGGGGUACCGCGACCGCCUGCGGUGCCGCCGCACACAACUACCAGUCCCUCCUCGUCUCCCGCGUCUUCCUGGGUAUCUUCGAGGCCACUAUCGGCCCUUCCCUGAUGCUCAUCAGCGCCCAGUGGUACACCAAGUCCGAGCAGGCCCCGCGCUUCUCCUUCUGGUACCUCGGUCUCGGCCUCGGCCAGAUCCUCGGCGGCGCCAUCUCCUACGGCUUCCAGCACAUCGCUCCCGGCGCAGGCCUCGCCGGCUGGCGCAUCAUGUUCGUCGUGCUCGGCUGUAUGACCGUCACCAUCGGCAUCUGCACCAUCCUCUUUGUCCCUGAUACGCCCAUGAAGGCUACCUUCCUGAGCGACACUGAGAAGGUUGCUCUGCUGAAGCACGUCAGCGUCAACCAGACCGGUAUCGAGAGUCGCAAGUUCCGUCCCAAGCAGAUCCUCGAGGCUCUCAUGGACCCCCAGAUGUACCUUAUGGUCGUUGCCGUCGUUCUCUUGUCCGUUUCCAGCGGUGUUGUCACCACCUACUCUGCCACCCUCAUCCGCAAUCUCGGCUACGACUCCAAGCACGCCGCUCUGAUGAACAUGCCCUCGGGUGUUGUGAGCAUCUUCUUCACUCUCCUCGUCGGUUAUGGCAUUCGUUACACGUCCAACCGGUGGGCCUGGAUCGUCGCCUGCAUCAUCCCAGCCAUCAUCGGUGGCGCUCUGAUGUCUUUCCUUCCCGUUAGCAACCGCUCUGGCUGCUUGGCCGGCAUCUACCUCGUCAACGCCGUCGUUGCCCCCUUGACCGUCUUCUACGCCUGGACUGCCGCCAACUUUGGAGGUGCCACCAAGCGUGCUUUCGCCGCCGCCAUCGUCUCCGGCUCCUUCUCGCUCGGCAACAUCAUCGGACCCCAGACCUUCCAGGCCAAGGACGCCCCAGAGUACCGCCCGGCCAAGAUCGCCGUCAUGGGCACCCAGGCUGGCUGCGCCGUCGUCACUCUGGCGCUGUACGCCUACUACCGCUUCGAGAACAAGCGCCGCGGCGCCAUCAAGCAGUCCGAGGACGCCUACAUGGCCCCCGAGAACUGGCAGUCGAUGACCGACAAGGAGAACAAGUCGUUCCGCUACACCUACUAAGAUAGUUGAGCAGAGCGCGGGUAGUAUGCACAGAGCGCAAAAGGUUCCGAGUUGUUGAAGAAAAAGUAUACUUAUAGAUGUAUAUAGCAUUUGGGCAAAAGGGGGAGGCUUCAUUGUACAUUACUAGAUCUUGGUACUGACCAAUGAGACCACGUAUUUACCGACGAUUACACGUUGCGCCGUCCGUGGACUCAUUUGGGUUUCAGACGGGUUGGGUC